AUGUGCGAACGUCAUAAUACCAAGGAAGAAGAAGAGAUCCAAUCCCAUGACAGGUCCAUGGACUCCACCCUGCAAAAAAAAAGAGGCUUUCCAGGGCCUGGUAGAUAUUUCACUGAUAUGUUGAAAGAAUCCGGGCAACACCCUAUUACCAAAUCCACGCAUCCUGUACAGACUUGCCACUCAUUCUUCCUGCGUCGAAACAAAAUGGCGACGGGUGGUUUAUCUCGGGAGCAUUUUAUCUGCUCUGUCUGUCUCGAUGUCUUCUCCAACCCCGUCACGAUUCCCUGUGGACACAACUUCUGCCAGGGAUGCAUACAGUCCUACUGGAACAAAGGGGAGUGCAGCUGCCCUCUGUGUAUGAGAAAGUUCGCUGAGAGACCUGAGCUGGCCAUGAACCAUGUUCUAGACGCCCUGUCCAACACUCUCAGAUUGGCGGAGCCACAUCGUGAACCAGCAAAAAUCUCCAUUCCUCCCAGGAAAAUGGCAGGGAAGUGUACAGCUAUAGUUGAAGACCUGGCCCAGCCAAGGGACGUGAACACGUUAUGUGGUGAACAUGGUCAACCUCUGUCUCUGUUCUGCCUGGAUGAUAAGGCUCUGAUCUGCGCUCAAUGUGACUCUCUGGGUCAUAAGACCCACAAAACCACACCUGCAGAGGAACAGAUCCCCCAAAUCAAGCAGAGACUGCUGAAAGAGCUGCUUGCCAAACAGUACAGUGUGUGCACGGUGAAGACUGAUAUUCUCAAAGCAAAGAACACCAUGGAGUCAUUCAAGAUCUCUGCCAGGCUACAGAAACAAGAACAGCAGACCAAUUUCAUCAUGCUGAUCUCAGCCAUCACAGAGGAGCAGAAACAACUGAUGGCCUCAAUGGAGGAGAAAGAGAAAGAGAUGUUGCUGAAAACAGAGAGUGAGAUUCAGAAGAUGGAGAAGAGAUUCAAGAGCUUGGAGGAUGAGGUCACUGGGAUUGAGCUCGCAUUGCAGGGUGAAGAACCUGGGAGGUUGCUUCAGGAUUACAAUGCCCUGCAGAAAGGCCCAGUUGAUGCAUCUCCAUACCUUGUCAGUCUGGACCCAGAGGAGAGACUUGUUCAGGCAGGAGAACUCAAAGAGAUGCUCCACAAGGAGGUUGACAGGAUCUGGAAGGACCAAGGUUGUGACGCUAGGACAGCUUUACGUGUAGAUCCCACAGCCUUUUGGUGUCCACUGUCAACACUGAAACAAUGUAAGUACAAUGAAUCUGAUUUGAUUUUAACAUGACGUUAUAUUCACUUUGUGAAAGUCUCUGGUAUUGAGCAAUACUUCCAUGUAGUCUAAUGGUUCAGUACUAGACAUACACAAUAUCUGAUAUCAGAGCCUAUUGUGUACAGUUGAAACACAACACUAAUCAAACUGUUGGAGUGGGUAAACACUCCACAAUAGAUCAAUAGUAUUUUUUUUAUGCAGUUGCCUAGGUGAUAAUUACAAUUGCCUCACCUGUAUGAGGGUGGUACAUCGUGGUAAUAAAAACAUUAGUGAACUAAUUAUUGUUACAAUAUAUGUAUAUAUAUAUCUCACACAUUUUAGAAUUGUGGUGCAUUUAGUUACUUCCUUUUGCACAGUAAAGCAUUAAAAAAAAUAGAUGUUUUGGGGAAUAGAAAAAUAAACAUCUGGAUAGAAAGAUUGUGAUUGAAUGUAGGAAAUGAUACAUAUUGUAUAAGCAUUAAAAAUACAGUGCAGACAUAUCAUCUAUAAACAAAGGUUCAGUACAGUGCAGACAUCAUCUAUAAACAAAGGUUCAGUACAGUGCAGACAUAUCAUCUAUAAACAAAGGUUCAGUACAGUGCAGACAUAUCAUCUAUAAACAAAGGUUCAGUACAGUGCAGACAUAUCAUCUAUAAACAAAGGUUCAGUACAGUGCAGACAUAUCAUCUAUAAACAAAGGUUCAGUACAGUGCAGACAUAUCAUCUAUAAACAAAGGUUCAGUACAGUGCAGACAUAUCAUCUAUAAACAAAGGUUCAGUACAGUGCAGACAUAUCAUCUAUAAACAAAGGUUCAGUACAGUGCAGACAUAUCAUCUAUAAACAAAGGUUCAGUACAGUGCAGACAUAUCAUCUAUAAACAAAGGUUCAGUACAGUGCAGACAUAUCAUCUAUAAACAAAGGUUCAGUACAGUGCAGACAUAUCAUCUAUAAACAAAGGUUCAGUACAGUGCAGACAUAUCAUCUAUAAACAAAGGUUCAGUACAGUGCAGACAUAUCAUCUAUAAACAAAGGUUCAGUACAGUGCAGACAUAUCAUCUUUAAACAAAGGUUCAGUACAGUGCAGACAUAUCAUCUAUAAACAAAGGUCCAGUACAGUGCAGACAUAUCAUCUAUAAACAAAAGUCUGAAUGAGAAAUCAUCACUUGGACCUCAAGGAUCCAUGUUUUUUGUAUUGAUAGAUUAAAUACCAUCUCAUUGUGAGAGCUUUUUUGGGAGGUUACCCCCUCUGAUAGGUGUGACCUGUUCUAGACCCACAAAAGCAUAAAGAGGCCGUGUUUGCCUUCUAAGUAGUGUUUUACCACAGCAUAGUCAAUAUUACCAUUAACGAUGACUGUUUUUAAGUAUUCUUGACUGAAUCAACAGAUGAAAAGACCAUCACCUUGGAUCCCAAUUCUGUCGGAAGACAUAUCUGGCUAUCUCUGGACAUGACCAGUGCUAGGAACACAUACCCAUACAUCCAGCCCCACACCCUCCACCCAGAGCGGCUCAAACAGCGCGAACUGGUGAGGGGCGCACAAGGCUUCAGUAGAGGCUGUCACUACUGGCAAGUGCACUUUAAGAAUCUUCCCAGUGGUUCACAGGAGGGCUCGUGUUGUGAGGUUGGGGUGAUGUACAAGGAAAACGCUGGCAAAAUGAAGAAGAGUUGGCGCAUACGGUUUUCCACCUCUCAGUCUACGCCAUAUGCUGAGGCAAAUUCAGAUGAGGCAGUUUAUACCAUAACCAAUGGUAACAACUCUCUUCGCGGCAUUCAUGUGUAUUUAGACUGUGACUCUGGAAUCCUUGCUGUGUACGGUCAAAGUAACUCAGUUAAUGCAGUAAAUCGUGUUUACUCUUUCCACACCAAAUUCAGUGAACCUCUGUACCCCAUGUUUGUAAUCCCUAAAGGGGCAGAUAUUAAGUUAAAUUAGGGGACCCAAAUGAUGAAUAUACCCAUCGGUAGAUUUAUAGUCAUGGAACGGUUACAUAAUCUAAAUUGUUUAUUUGGAAUGCAAUCUCUUUUUUUUGUACACUGUUAAAAGAAAAAGUCAAACGGCACGAUUGAUAGUUGUGUAUUUAUUAAACAUGAUGCUUGUUGUGACGGCAGAUGAGGGUGGAUGAGUUUUUUUUUUUUAAACACCCAAAAAUGUGCACUUGAUGAAAUUGAUGGAUUGAAAUAUCAAUAAAAAUGCAAUGUAACAACAA